AUGUCUUCUGCUGUCAACGCUAUUAAGAUCCGUCGGAAGAAGAAUGUCAAGAAAGGAAUUCAAUUCUGUCUGAUGGUCUGUGGUGCCAGCGGAACAGGCCGGACUACCUUUGUCAACACACUUUGCGGAAAGAAAGUUCUUCAGGGGAAAGAUGCCGAUGACGCCCAAAAUGCCCAUCUCGAGGAAGGCGUCCGCAUCAAGCCCAUCACCGUUGAACUCGAACUGGACGAGGAAGGCACCCGCAUUUCGCUAACCAUCGUUGAUACCCCGGGCUUUGGCGACCAAAUUGACAACGAGCAAAGUUUCUCAGAAAUCGUCGGAUAUCUCGAGCGCCAAUAUGAUGACAUCUUGGCUGAAGAAUCCAGGAUCAAGCGUAACCCUCGGUUCCGUGACAAUCGUGUACAUGCUCUGUUGUACUUUAUCACUCCCACCGGCCACGGCCUGCGAGAACUUGACAUUGAAUUGAUGAAGCGCCUUUCACCACGCGUCAACGUCAUCCCCGUUAUUGGCAAGGCUGACUCGCUAACACCUGCGGAGCUCGCGGAAUCGAAAAAGCUUGUUAUGGAGGAUAUUGAGCACUAUCGUAUCCCUGUGUACAACUUCCCCUAUGACAUUGAAGAGGAUGACGAAGAUACCGUUGAGGAAAACGCUGAACUUCGAGGUCUAAUGCCCUUUGCCAUUGUUGGUUCAGAGGAUGUUCUAGAGAUUGGUGGCCGCAAAGUUCGUGCGAGACAAUACCCGUGGGGUGUGGUCGAAGUUGAUAAUCCUCGUCACUCAGAUUUCUUGGCUAUUCGCAGCGCGCUUUUGCACAGCCAUCUUGCAGACUUGAAAGAAAUUACACACGACUUCCUCUACGAGAACUACCGUACCGAGAAACUCAGCAAGAGCGUGGAGGGUGGCGCUGGAACUAACCAAGAUUCGUCCAUGAACCCUGAAGACCUUGCCUCUCAAUCUGUCCGCCUGAAGGAGGAGCAACUUCGCCGGGAGGAAGAGAAACUCCGAGAGAUCGAGAUCAAGGUGCAACGUGAGAUCGAGCUUAAACGACAGGAACUUCUUGCUCGUGAGAGUCAAUUGAAGGAGAUCGAGGCACGGAUGCAACGCGAGCACCACAACCACUUGCACCAGGAUGAACUGAAUGGCGAGGUCAACGCAUAA